UUUGGCCUUAAAAGCACUUCCAUUCCCAGCACCAUUUUACGGAACACACAGCUUUUCUCUCCACCCGAACACAAACCCACAAAUCAACGACCCGCCUAAUCCCCCAAAUCAAACCCCUCGAACUUUCCCCAAUUCAAAUCCAAAUUUAGGGUUCCGAAUCCCAAAUCUUGCCCAAUUCACAUGCCAUGCCGAGGCGGCUCACUCCCUAGGGUUCCGCCGCGACCGUCCGAUGCCACCGCUCCCCAAACCCUCCCUCCGGAGCUCCCAAUUCGGUAAAACCUCCAUGGCUCCGAAUCUCGAAAACGACGAGUCGUGCUCGCGCUCGAUCAGCGAGACCGUCAACGGCUCCCACCGCUUCACCAUAAAGGGCUAUUCUUUAGCCAAAGGGAUGGGCGCCGGCAAAUACAUCCUCAGCGACACUUUCACCGUCGGCGGUUACGACUGGGCGAUUUACUUUUACCCCGACGGUAAAAACCCCGAGGACAGCUCCGUCUACGUCUCCGUCUUCAUCGCCCUGGUCAGUGAGGGCACCGACGUCAGAGCCUUGUUUGAGCUGACCUUGGUUGACCAGAGCAACAGCGGCAAGGACAAGGUCCAUAGCCAUUUCGAUCGCGCCUUGGAGAGCGGGCCCUACACCUUAAAGUACCGCGGCAGCAUGUGGGGUUACAAGCGAUUUUUCAGAAGAACGGCGCUCGAGACAUCCGAGUUUCUUAAGGACGAUUCCCUCGUGUUGAACUGCACUGUUGGAGUUGUCAGGACUCGCCUCGAGUGUCCGAAGCAAUUUGCAAUCACCGUGCCGCCAUCAGACAUGGGUGAAGGUCUUAGGGCGUUUUUAGAUUCCGGAGCUGGCUGCGACGUGGUCUUUCAGGUCGGGGAUGAGGAAUUUAAAGCUCACAAGUUGAUACUUGCUGCCCGUUCUCCUGUAUUCAAAGCACAGUUUUUUGGACACCUUGGGGAUUCAACUGUAGAUAAAAUAGUCGUGAAGGAUGUUGAGCCCUUUAUCUUCAAGGCAAUGCUUCUGUUUAUUUACGGGGACAAACUUCCUGAUAUACGUGAAGUUACAGGUUCAUCAUCUUUGUGCACAUUCACUGUCAUGGUGCAGCAUCUGUUAGCUGCUGCAGACUUGUAUAAUCUAGAGCGACUGAAGUUGUUGUGUGAAUCAAAGUUGUGUGAAGAAAUCACAAUUGAAACAGUGGCAACCACACUGGCUCUUGCUGAGCAGCAUCACUGCCCACAGCUGAAGGCUGUGUGUCUAAAAUUUGCAGCAAAGUCAACAAACUUGGGAGCUGUGAUGCAGUCAGAUGGAUACAAGCAUCUAGAAGAGAGUUGCCCCUCUGUGUUGCAGGAGCUACUGAAGACUUUUGCUUCUGUUGAUGCCAAUGAAAAUUCAAGUUCAAGUAAGAAGAGGAGUGGCAGCAGCAUAUUUGGGCUGGACUUGCCAGUAGACGGCAGUGGGGCAGUAGCAGAAUCAGCAAAUCCCAUUGGCAGGCGGUUGAGGCCGCGGCGAUAUUAAUGUGCUGAGUUACCUUUUAAGUGUUGCGCGGACUUGGAAGGCUGAAAGGAAUAGUCUUGUGAAGAGAAUUGUAGUUAUGGAUGACGGGUGAGUCUCAUCCUCCAAUCUGUGAGUGUCGCUCCCUGUAUAAAAUUUCAAUGGUAAAUUUGGAGGGUGAAGUAUAUUGCCUGUUUUCAGGCUUGUCAGGGAACUGUUUGUUGUAAGCAGAAAUUUGUAUGGUUGUGUUUUGUAACUGUACCUAGGAUUUGUAGAUCAGAGUAUUAGUUUCAAUGGAAUGAUAUUAUUACGGUAAAGGCUAAUUCAUCUG